UUUCUGAAGUACGUGCCUAAGGGUUCCGUUCCCUACAAAUCGAUGGAUGAUGCUUUGAAUUUACAAUUUGAUGCGAGAAAAAGGCAUCGUGUUUGAUGGAAGCCGUCUGUAGGAUAUUCAAACAAAUCGUUUUGGUGUCACGAUCAGGGACGUGUUUCAGUUAAUUUUCGUGUCAACCGUUUGGGAUUAUCAACAUCGAUUAGGGGUCACUGGUGACUGAAAACUACGUUGCGUUGCUGCAAAGGAAAUAGGAAAAAGUAUUCAAGCUCACAGGAGAGUCCAUGUGGAAUUACUUACGGGGCAAAGUCGGGAACUUUCUCAGAGAAAUAAUGGUCAGAGAAAGUGAAGUUGAGUGGAGCAGUAAUUAUUGCGAUUUGCCAUGCCACAGAAUUGUCCAACCAAGCAAAAAAUUUUAUGCUGCGGCAACAGGCCCAGAUGAUGGUGCAAAGAACAUCAUUCUAGAGCUUAGCAGUAAACCAGAGUGUAAGAAAACCAAGAAAGCGAAAGAUUGUGAUCCAUUUGGGGAAUGGAUAAAGGGGCACUCCCGCGCUUAUGGAAUUGGAACCUCACUGUAUGAUUGCAAUCCAAUCACAAAGUUAUUUUCGGGAGAUCCAGUAGCUGAUGUCUUUGCAGUGAUUGCUGGAGAAAACAGUUGCAUUCUUGCUCUAGCUGAUGGCGUAAACUGGGGAGAGAAUUCAAGGUUAGCUGCAAGAUGCGCUGUAGCUGGAUGCCUCCAUCAUUUAAGCCAGCAUUUGUACACAGCAACUACAACUCGAGAGAUCAUGUGCAUGCUCUUUGAAGCAUUUGAGAAUGCACAGAAAUGCAUCAUUAAUAAGAAUGCAACGAUGACAACUCUUUGCGUGGCUGUUGUUUGUCAACUCAAAGAAAUGGACAGAUGGGGACUUUGUGUUGUCAAUGUUGGGGACAGCCUUGCCUUUGUUCACAGAAAAAGCAAAGGUGUCCAAGAGGUCACUAUUGGCUCCCAUUAUGACACCCAGGAGAGAGACAUGCGCGAUCCUGGCGGCUCUUUGGGUCCUGUGGAUGGCUACAACCCCGAUUUGAGAAAUUUAACUUUCUCAUUCACCUUUCUCGACGCAGGAGACAUUGUCUUUCUUACUAGCGAUGGUGUUUCUGAUAACUUUGAUCCUGUGAUAGCUCAGUGUAAUCACUGUACAAGUUCUGAACUAGUGCGAACCCACAGUCUUGACUCCAUGCUGCAUGAAAUCAAUAGGAGUGCUAGGGAUCAGGAAGUAAUUUCCUCCCUGACUAGUAGCAGCAGAAGUGAUCAGGACAUUCCACAGCGCACGUAUGAUGCUCCCAUUGCAAGGCACCAAAAGAUGCUUGCUGACAUGACAGAGGUGAUCCAGAAAGAAAGUCUCGAAGAUCAUAUCUCAGCACGCCAUGUCUGUGCCAAGCUCCUUUCACAUGUUAUAGUGUGCACUGACAAAAAGCGCAAAUAUCUGGAGCAAAUCAGCAAAGAUGAUCAGCGCUUAACUACAACAGACAAGAGAUAUCGGCGAGCCAGAGAUAAAGAAAUUUCCCGGCAUAUGCGAGACCUGCCAGGGAAGCUAGAUCACGCAGCUGUGGUCGCAUUUGAAGUUGGCCACUUCUCAGCUGAGCCUGACCAGCCAGAGUCAGAACAACAGAUUGAUGGAAAACCCAAGCUGAGCAUUAUAAACUUUUUCCGUGGAUGGAAGAAAAAUGGAAGAAGAGUGUCAGAGGAAGAUUAUAACAAUUCUAUUGAAAUGGUUGCCACAGAUUCUUUUAAAGAGCUCUACUCCUUAUUUGGUAGUUAGUGGAUUCUCAUAUGACAGUCUUGUCCACACAUCCUGUAACCAUUUUAAGCCAUUCUGACUGAGAAGUUGAACUAUGUUGGAGCUGACAUGUGCAGCUGUUCAAUUUUUUUACCUUAGAUAUUUAGUGAAGUGAACUCUCUUAAACUACUUCAGAAUGUGGAAAACUGACAGGACUUUUUCAUCUAAUUCUUCAAUCACAUGUUUCAAAAUCAUAUGUGCACAUUCUUAUGUUUAUAGAAAGUUUGUACAUAACAUUCCAAAAUGUAUUUAGUGCUUUAAAGCUUCUAGAAUAUUUGUAUGAAUCAUUUAGUUAAACAGUUGAAGAUUAGGGGUUGUUAAACAUUAAGAAAAGAUUUUGUAGUAAUGCUACACUAAAAUUAUUAAUGGGCUUUUUCAUGUUAGCAUCAUUUUAUUUAUGCUUCUGGAAUUAAUUUCUGUCCCUUUCAUAAAUACAUCUAUUAAUCUCAGUACACUGAAGUUGAAAUUUCAAAAAAAUUAAAACCCAGAAGAAUUCUGAAUUCUGUAUUUUCUAAUUUUUAUAUUGAUUUAUGGAGAAAAGCAGACACAUAACAGAUCUAAAAUUAGAUUUUAUGACUAGUUAGGGAAUAAAUUGAUAGUUUUUUUCUUUAGUUAUAAUGCAUCACAGGAGUACAUUUUUUAAAAGAUAGUACACAAUUCUAGAGAGAGACAUCUGUCAGUGUAUUAUUGUGACUAAAUAUAGCAUUUCUUUUUAUAGAAAUAAAUUACAGGAGUGCCAGUUGCUAUUUGCUGUUUACCAGAUAUUUUAUUUGUCUUGCCUAGCAGGCAGGGAUAACCUACAUGACGAAUUGGAUUACCUUAACACUAACACAACACUCCCAAAAGUGUUUGACAUGCAAAUUCUCCUCACAAUUUUUGUAUAUAAUUCAUUUAACUUGUGACGAGAAUAGACACUUCAAUCAGAUUAAGAGAGCUAUGUUGAUGUAAUAACAAAUUCUUGAAACUGUUUGCAUGGAAAUGUACAGCAGCAGUUUCGUGGCAGAAUUCCCAUGACUGAGAUAGACAAGUGCAAGCCAUCUGGGCCAAAGCUGUACUUUGAUGCACUCUAAGUUAUAUUCUUAAAAAAAAAACAA